AGGGUGCGAAACCCGCGAAACCGCUACUCGCAACGGACACCGCGUCCCAGUUUAUAGCCCCUUCAGUCCGGACCGAUUCGGAGGAGUUCUUCCAGUUAUUAUCAAAGAAAACAUCGGCCAGCCGCUCGAGGGAAACCAGGACGCCAUGGCAUCCUCCGCCAGGAGCUACCUCAUCACUCUGCUUCUCUAUGUCUCGGUCGUUAACGAGAUUAGCCUUCCUCUGGUGACAUGCCAGGACGACGAGGGCGAGCAAUGCCUUCCCCGGAAGACGUUCUUCGCCCUGCUACGCCUGCCGGAAGUUAGUUCCAACCUGGCGGCGUACUCGCGAACGGCGCGGAUAAUCCUCGACGCCAAGAACCGAAACGAGCUCGUGAACCUGAAGACGACGUCAACGGACGACGCGGAGGACGGUGAGGUCUGCCUACCGGUCGGUGUUUAUCUCGAGCUCUUCAGCUAUCCAGCGACGAGAGGUCGUCUGGCAGCCAUCACCAGCGCUCAGCGGCUCUUCGAGGAGCCGGCAACGUCGCGGAUGGACGUGGCCGAUGAGGAGGAAGAGGAGGACGAGGUGGACUCGGAGAAACGGAGCAUCGCGACCCUGGCGAAGAACGGCGAUCUGCCGAUAUCCAUUCAAGACAAGGCGGACGAGGAAGAGGAGGAUCAAGAGAAACGAAGUCCCGCGACGAUCCUUGGCAGGGAUGAGCUCGAGGAGCUCUACCGAUACUCGGAGCUCGGUAAACGCAACGUUGCCGCGUUAGCUCGAGACUUCGCGCUGCCCUCGGGAAAGCGCAACGUCGCUACGUUGGCUCGUGACUUUGCGCUGCCGCCGUCGAGCUCGGGAAAGCGAAACGUCGCUGCGCUGGCUCGAGACUUUGCGCUGCCCUCGGGAAAGCGCAACGUCGCUGCUUUGGCUCGAGACUUCGCGCUGCCCUCGGGAAAGCGCAACAUCGCUGCGCUGGCUCGGGACUACAAUCUGCCCUACGGGAAGCGGUAUUUGGACAUAUUCUCUCGCGGUAGCGCACCGCGUUUCCAACCGAGCUAUGGCGAGAAACGUAGCCUCGUAGCUCUCGUUAGAAACGGCGAUAUGCCCGUUGGAUUGAAGCGCAACAUCGCGGCUUUGAACAGGGGUUGGACUCUGCCCACUCAGAACAGGUUCGGACGCUCGUUGGACGCCCUCGAGGACAGGACGAAGAGCCGGAUGAGUGAUGCUCCGAGGCCGGAAGUGCAGCGUAAUAGAGAGGAGGACGCCAACGAGAGAAAAUUAGAAGCUUUGGCCAGCUCGGCGCCGGUGGUGGCGAAGAUUUCCGAAGGAAAUGGGAAGCUCAAGCUCAAUACCGACGUCACCAACAAGAAUAAAUCCGCGAAGAACGCCCAGCAUGGAGGCGAGAAGAGGCCGAAGCGGCAGAUCGAAUUCUCUGACGAGUAUCCUCUGCCCGUUAUGCAGAACAACAACGUUCUGGAUUAUGAGGAAAUUAUCGAGGCCCUUGCAGGCGAUUAUCCCAACACGGAAAAGCGAUUCAUGGCUACGGACCCAACGGAGAUGAAGGAAAGCGAUGAAGCCAACUUCUACGUGUCGCAACCGUCGAAGAAGCACAUCGGGGCGCUGGCUCGCCUUGGGUGGCUCCCCUCGUUCAGAUCCGCAAGGUUUUCCCGGUCCCCACGGUACCUGGUGAACAGGGCGAAUUCCGCAGAUGGGACCUCGGCCGACUACCCCGCCGACUCGGCGUCUAGGACGUUAGGAUUUGGCGGCGCAACCCGAUACUCCAGAUCGCAGAACUUCGGAGAUUGUAGACACGGUUUCAAGAGAUUUCUCCUCUUGCCAGCAGUCGACAAACUUCUGCUCCAAAAGCUUUACACGACCCCAAGAACCGCAUAGAUUAUAACAUAUUCACCCCUUUCCCCAAUAUAGUAGCGUCGAUUAUACCGCGCAAACAGUAAUCAAUUAACCCCCAUCACCCACUGUCAUUAUUGGUAUAUACCUAUAUUUACGUGUUACGAUAUGCAUGCGAUCCGCGAGGGAUUGCCAACACUAAGAGAAGAAGAAGAAGAAGAAGAAAAAGAAG